AUGUCCAUCCCGCCACAGCUUAUCCGCGUGAAGCGGAAGGCGACAGAGGAUGCGCCCGUCUCCUACCUCCGUGUUCAGGAUAAUAAGAGACAUCGAGGCGAGGGCUUUGUCUACGAACGCCAAGACAGCAAGACCCCAGUUGCCGGCAUCCAUCAGCCUGUACAGGCACCUAUCAUCCAUACCUCGAAACCAGGUUCCGCAGGCACGAGCUUCACAUCCCAGAGCCCCAGACAGCAAAACAACACGGGAAGCCAGGGAAAAAAUGGCUGGGGUGAAAACUUGCCGCCAGCACCAGCCAGCACUGUUGGCAAACCGGAACCUAGACGCUUUCAUAUGACAAGACAGGAUAUCGUGUUGGCUGCUUCAAACUUCCCUUCUACUCGCACCCAUGGCGGCAUUUCAAAGAAGCGACCAGCCCCCACGCUGUUUGUUGAGCGGAGAAUUAAGAGGCUGCCUUCCAAAAAGCUUCAAACUAUAUCCCACGGCCUCAAUGACCAGGCUAUCCCCAAUACGACUGAGCCUGCGCCUACAACACCGAACCUACCGGUCACCGUGCCCGAACCAAUCGACGUGGAUGCGGGUAAAGAAUCUAGGAAGUUCAAGAAACCCGGACUAGCCAAGCUCGCCAAGAAGGAUGGAACCCCAAAGGCUAAAGCAGAGAUUCCUUCCGCCAUGAAGGACAGGUGGAAUGUCGACUUGGAUAAACUGACUGCCGACAUGAACGCCUUCACCAUGGAGCAAAUUGGCCUAAACCUGCAGCAUUCAGAGCAGGAGAAGCAAAAACGUCAAAAGCCAGCAACACGAACCCGACCAAAGUCACAAUCCCAGCCGAGAUUCAAGCCUAAAGCCCCGGCGAAAAGAUAUGUCGAGCGUCAUCCGGAGGCAGUUGAGAAAGAGAUGACUGAUUUCGACGCCGACGCCGACGCCGACAUUAGCGACACUGACGACGAUGACUACAUAGUAGAGACAUAUGUCCGUGUUCCUGCCAGCACCAUGGAGACUAAACAGGUAGCGCCGCAGAAUGUUGGCUUGCUGGUGUUUGAUGCGGAACCAGAUCUGGAUCUCUUCUAUAACGAGGGUACCGAUAGUGACGAUGAAUACGCCGAAGAUGAUGAGGAUGAGAAUGCUGAAAAUUACUACACUGCCGAUUACCCUGAUGAUGAGGUGGCAUCAGAUGACGAGUUCGGCCAAAAUCCAUACUCGUACAGGACCGGAAACGCGUCUGACCUCGAGGAGUAUGACCUGGCUGCUGACAACAGCAGCAGCCCCAAUGAAGACUCGGACGCUACGAACGGCUUCAAGUCGUACAUUGGGGGGAACGGGCUAGUUAUGCGGCAUAUAUGA